AUGGGGUUACAGUCCAGAAAGGCUGACGCACCAAGAGCAGUUGGCCAAGCACGGCAGGCGGCGCCCCGUUCAUUAGCAGACAGUGGGGACGGAGGUUCUGGUCCCAGAAGCACCUUGGUCCCUUCCUCGGAGGGGGCAGUAGAAACACCGAAGGAGUGGGCACAGGCUGCUUCUCUUGCGGAGCUGUCAGGAAAGCCCACUACACUUCCCUACAAGGGCUUCUCUCUCCCGGCCUGCCCUCCAGGAGGAAGCAAACUUUGA